UGGCGGACGAUACGAAAGAAGACACGAGUGUGUUGGAAGGUUUGCUAUCCACCAGUGAUCACCUGGAAUCACUAGAAUCACUAGAUCCAGCUUUCACUACAAACACCGGAUCAUUUAGGCAAAGACAUGUUUCGGAUUCAGUGGACAUUGAAGUUGAUGUACCAGAGGUGGUAAACAUGCCAUCCUUAGAAAGUAUCCUGAAUGAGAAAGAUGAAGAUAUCAUUUCAUUAGAAGAUGACCCUGAUCUUGCCAACAUCCUUGAGAACCAAGCACUGUCUUCUUCUCUUGACUUGGAUCUUGGUUCAGGAAAUAAAGCAAAGAAAACUAAACAUGGUUCUGUUUUGCGACAUGUUGUGUUGAAAAGUGUUUCCAGUCAGAUGGUUUCUGCAUCAGCCAGAGUGGAUGCUGGUUUGCCAACAGCCAUGGCUGUUUCUUCUCUUAUUUGUAUUGGAACAUCUCAUGGAGUGGUGUUGGUUUUUGAUCCUCAACAAACACUUAAGCUGGUUCUGGGGAACACAUCCCUUGGUGCAGAGUAUGGGGCUGUUACUGCACUCGGUAUCAAUAUGGAAUGUACAAGACUUCUAUGUGGACAUGCAAGAGGCCAGAUAACUAUGUGGGAUUUGCAGUCUGGGAAAUUGUUGAGACAAAUUGCUGAUGCCCAUCCCAUGGGUAGUGCAGUGCUGCAUGUUAUGUUCACAGAUGACCCAACAGUUGCAAUUUGCAGUGACAGUGGCGGUUCUGUGUUUGUUCUCAGCUUCAAGAGACUGAUCGGAAUGAGGACGUAUGAAUCAACUUGCUUGUUUUCAGGAAGCCGCGGUGAAGUGUGCACGAUGGCACCUCUUCAUUUGCAUGAAGGAAUGAAAGAGCAUCCUCUUUAUGAACAGUCGUUAUUAGCUUUGGCCACUCUUACUAAGGUUCUGGUCUUAACACUGAAGCCUGAGCUCGAGGUCCUCUUUACUCACACUCUAAAGGGCCCUGCUGAUUCUCUGCCGCUGUUGGCCUGGCAGUUUGCCAUAAUUCAAGUGGAGUCCAAAAAAGUCAUUGAUCCGGUUCUUGCAUUUGGGAGGGGAACUGAAAUUUUCUUUUAUCAGGCCCAUUCUCAAGGGGAAAAGCAAGUCAGAUUUAUGUUCCUACAAAGAUUUGAGAGUUCGUAUAAGCUCACUGCUCUUCAUUGGCUGAACCCACAAGUAAUCGCUACAGUAGACGCGCUGGAGAGAGUCCAUGUCAUUGAUGUGCGAAGUAUGGAAGAACUUGAGGUUCUUGACCUUAGCUCAGUACAGCUUGUGUACAGCAGCAGUUAUUUCAAGUCACUCUCUACUGGAGGAAACGUCAGCAAGGCUUUGGUAGCCGCCAGUGAACAUUCAUGUUAUCAGACAGUAGUGGUGUUUAAUGGACAACAAUUACUCCUGGGUGUCAAGUCCGUCCAUGUAUUGACACUAAGGAACUGGCGCGAUAGGAUUGAAGUUUUCGUAAAGCAAAAUAACUUCCUGGACGCUCUAGAACUGGCACUGUCUUUUUAUGAUGGCACUGCCAUGGCUGUGAUCGGUUUAAUUGGAAAUAAAGAGCAGAGAUCAACAGAAAUUGCUGCACAGAUAGAGGAACUAUUACUAGCUUAUGUUGAUAUAACAGUGUUCGUAAAUUGCCCAAAGACUAGAGACACUAAGGAGCUGAGAGAUUACUUCAAGGAAAUGGUACCAAUCUUUAUCAAGUAUAGCCUGGCCAUCAAUAACAUGGAUCUCUUAUUCAGAGAGAUUUAUGACAAGUUCUGUGAAGAUCCUGUUGGAAAAAUCGUGUUUCUGGAAAGCUUGGAACCUCAUAUCUUAGCAGACAAACUAACGUCUUUGAGUCCGAUUGUGAUGAAGGAGUUUAUAGAGCACUAUAACCAGCAAAACAAGCUCAAAGAUGUAGAAUCAUGUCUCAUGCACCUAGAUGUGACAAAUCUGGAUAUACAUCAAAUGGUGAAACUCUGCUGGGCUCACGGCCUGUAUGAUGCCAUUUUCUAUGUGUACAACAGAGGCAUGCGAGACUACACUACUCCACUGGAGGAGCUGAUUAAUGUCUUAAAGGGCACAGUGCAGGCCAGAACUCCAUUUGAAGAUUCUGAUCUUUCUUUGGGGAACAAAUUACUUGUAUACAUCAGCUGCUGUCUGGCUGGACAGGCAUUCCCAGUAGGUUCCAUCCCUGAGGACUAUGCACUAGACGUGAAAAAAGAGGUGUUCAACUGCAUCACGACCCAAAAUACUAAAGACGGUUUUGAAAGUGAACCUUCAUAUCCACGUUUGCGAGUUUUGUUACAUUUUGAUACCCAAGAGUUCUUGAAUGUUCUUUCCAUGGCGUUUGAACGGAAAGAUUUUGACGACAAUUUUGAUGGUCCAUCUGGUGUCACGCGAAGACAAUUCCUUGUGAAUAUCCUUCUUGACGUAAUGGUGCAAGACACUGGCUUUACGCCAAGCCAAGUUGGAUCGCUGUUUACGUUUCUAGCGCGGCAAAUGGCAAAGCACGAGAACAGAAUACAGGUCAACAAGGUGCUAUUUGAACAGGUCUUGGAGUAUCUUGCUAACCCCGACGAUGACUCCAGACACGAGGAAAGACAACAGGCCUUGUUAGAGCUUUGGAAUGCUGGUGGCCUGAAACAAUUCGAUGACGCCCGCAUACUGGUUCUUGCGGAAAAUGCUAAGUUCUAUCGCGUUUGUGAGAUGUUGUACGAGAGAAAACGGCAAUUCUCCAAAGUGUUAUCCUGUUACUUCAGGGAUUCCUAUCGAGAGCACCAGGUUUUCACUUACGUCCAUUAUGUGAUGUCAGAAGACGUGUAUACUGAUCUGGAGAGAGAGGAGCUGAAGGAAGCCACACUCAAUAGUUUGCAGAGCUUUCUUUCAAUCGACUGCGGAAAAACUGCUCAAAUGAUUCUCACUGAAUUUCCGGAUAUCUUGACUUCCGUUAUCCGUCAGUUAGAGGGACAAUCGACUGUGCAGUAUGAAUUUCUAAAAGGCGUGUUUGAGAAUAAAUCCCAGACCCCUAGCCGCCCAGAGGACACACCUGACGCUGAAGUCCACGAAAAAUACAUCGAGCUGAUGUGUAGAUACCAGCCAGAUCUGGUGCACAGUUAUUUAAGAAAUACUGAAAACUACAGACUUGAAGAAACUUUGGCGAUUGUUCGCCAAUUUAACAACACAUAUGCUACAUCCUAUCUACUGGAGAAGGCUGGCGAUAUUCAUGGAGCUUUCCAGCUUCUUUUAGAGACUUUAAAGGUGAAAGUAAAAGUUCUUUGUGAUGUUUUUGAGGAAAACGAAUCACCAUCUUUGAACGAAAUCAGGAAGCUUACUACAAACAUUGAGGCUGUUUUACUAGGAGUUUUAAUUCCUCUGUGCCAAAGAAAUUCUGGGAGACUUGAAGAAACGGACAGAGAGGCUUUAUGGUUUCCUCUUCUCGAAACCGUCAUGGCUCCUCAACGGAAAUGUAAAGAUACAACUAGUGCAUAUUUUUUAGCUUUUAAAGAUCAGACAAGACACGUUUUAAACAGCAUGAUGGGCUAUAUAUCGUUACCGGCCAUUUUACAGAAGAUUAUGCAGGAUCCGACUUACAGUACUGGUAAAUUUGGUGAAAUUAAGGAACUUAUUUUAGGAAUGUUAGACACUUACACAUAUGAAUCGACUCUUUUAAAAACAACCAACAAAUUACUCUCUGGGGAUCUUCACUCCUCUCUCAGCCAUCUUAAAAAUCAGAGUAACCAUGGAAUGACACCCAAGUCGUCAAGGUGUUGUAUCUGUCAUAGGCUCUAUACUGAUGAUACUGCAAGUGGUCAACGGGAUGAUCUUUUGAUAUACAGGUGUGGCCACGUAUAUCAUUCAGAAUGUAUGGCAGGGACUACCGGAACUGAGGGAAAUUGGAUCUGUAUGCUCUGUAAUAAAACUGGGCUUUCGCGUCUUUCUUCGUGGAAAGGCAAGAGAGUUCUGGGGAAGUCAGUGAAGCCAUUGUCACCCGGAUCUGUGCAGAAGUUCAAAACAGAAAGUUCUGGAGCGGCAAAGAAGGAGGAUCUCUCCAAGACUGAAAGAUCAGUGCCUUCACUUACGCAGCAACAAUUCGAGGCAGUGUCUAGGCUGAAGGCACAAAACAAAGGUGUAUCGCGGUUGGCCAUUUUAUCAGAGUUAUCAAGGUCAAGUGAUGCUAUUAGUCAUACUUACGGCAGUCGAUCGACUAGCUCAGGCAAUAUCUUUGAAGACGAACGCUUCAGACUGCAUCUUGCCCCGCCACGAGAUUAGAAUUAUUACAUCAAUUGGUGAGAGCUAAGUGCCCUUGUUAGCGAGACACCAAGGUGAGAUGAGCUGGAAAAGUUCGGCUCGUGGACUUCUCAAGAAACGUUUGUUGGUUCCAUAAUUUAAGUCAACGUCACUUCGCAUUGGAAAUUUUCUGUUGGAGAACGGUUUUCCUCAAACCUUUGGAACUUCAUUGCAAAUUAUCUCUAUCAACUUACCUACGUCCUCUUUGUCAAAAGUCGCCUCAUUCAAUAACUGGCGUAUUCAGUUUUGGACAAGUUGACUUGUCAAGGGAAAAAUUGUGAAUGAAAACAUGCUGGUGUAAAGGCUGCAUUGUGGUGAUGAAUUGAUGCUAGUUUUCUUGUAAAGCCUUCAAGUUCAGUUGUUAAUGAAAUUGUAUACUUUAUUGCCAUGACUAUGCAUUAUCAGCCAUGUAAGUCAUGGGACUAUUGAUUUAAGUUUUUCUGGGAGACAUACUUUAAGGAAUGCACGUACUUGGAUGAAGUAUUCAUAUAGAAGCGUUAAGAAUGAGUUGAACUAAUGCUGCUAUACGUAGCAUUAUUACAGAACCCUGCUUAAUUCAGUCAAGCGUGCUUGUAAAAUAUAUGUUUUCUUUGGAUUUGAGUACCGGUCGUUUCGCACCCAGCUAGGUCGAUUCGUACCCAGUUAGUCGGGUCGUUUCGUACCCAUACAAAUAAAGUAUGUUUUCCAUGUUAGGAAUGUUUUAAGUAAGAAUGGAAAAGACAAAAAAACGAGAAUCAACGAAUUUGUUAUCGUUAAUAACAGAGGGAGAAAAAAAUUCACAUUCACAAUGUCUGCAUGUUAUUAUUAAGAAAAUGGUAAGUGUAAACAAGAGACUGAUCUAUUAAAAAAAAAAUAUAUAUAUAUAUGUAUAUGUCAGAGUUACCUUGCACUAGGUAACAAUUCGUUGUUUUCAGUUAAUUAGGAGGUCAAGGACAGAAUUCUGGUUGUAUCUUGCUCGCAUGAUUUUACCAACUUGUCGUGUAUAACAAUCACCAUUUAUUCACGCGAUCGCGCUUGAGGUAUUUCAAAUGAAAGUAUAUAUAGAAUGGGUACGAAUCGACUCAAACUCGGUACGAAUCGACUGAAUGUGGUUGCGAAACGACCGUGGGUACGAAACGACUGGAUGGCCUGGAUUUAAGUCACGAACUUGGCCUAAAAUGUCCUUUUACGCGAGCAAGGAAAUUUUUAAAAUUGAGAUCAGCACAAGGCCUUUUUCAAACGCUUUUAAUAGAUAGUUUCAAGAAGUCUUUGGAAGUUAAUGCCAAAAUUUAUAUUAUUAUUCAUAAAAAAGCAUUCAUGCGCGUAACGAAAAUAUUUUUAUCUAAGGAAAUUGUUGAUGUUGCAAUAUAUUUUGAAAAUUAAGAAAUGUAAGUAGAAAGGGAAGAUUCUUUGUGCGUUCACUUUUACAAUAUAAUUUACAAGAAUUUCGCUUUGAUGCUGCUUUGAAA